AUGAUCAUCAGACAAUUUUGCGCCCGUCACGGGCGAACAACUAUAGCAAAGUCAUGGAGACCGAAGAGUGCCUGCUAUGCGACCACCAUCAGCGGCAACGAGAGGAGCUUGCAACCUCCAGCCGGCGAGUACCAGGGCCAGACGACUUUCCCUGGACAUCCAGAUGAGGCUUCAAGCAUGCUAGAUACCACCGGUCUUCCUCCCACCCCUCGAACAAGAGCUGUCCUCGAAAGCCUGCAGUCAUCUCAAUCCUCAAUAUCAGCAACACAGCGCGAAGUCGGUGCCUACGUAUCGGCUGCAACAGGCGGCGUCACCGCAGAUCCAACCGCUCUGGUCCAAGCACCUCCCGCCAAGAGCAGCCGUAGAACAAACCGAAAGGCGCUCCAAGCAAUCAAAAAGCAGAAGGGUGCCGCGUCUGCCCCGAACCGGGUGGGAAGCCAUCUCACCCAAACGUAUAACCCGAGCGACAUCUUGGAACGUCCUCCGACACCAGAGGCUUUGACACUACCCGAUCUUCUCGCUCACCAGACCCAUCUCGGCCACCACACAUCUCUGUGGCAUCCCGGUAACAGCAGCUACAUCUUCGGCAUUCGAGAUGGAAUACACAUCAUCAGUCUCGAUCAAACAUUCGCGUACCUCCAGCGCGCAGCCAAAGUCAUACGGAACGUGGCCUACCGCGGUGGUCUAAUCCUCUUCAUCGGCACGAGAGAUAACUUUGCCCCGAUAGUCACCAGAGCUGCGCAAAGAGCAAAGGGCUACCACAUAUUUGACCGCUGGGUGCCCGGAACCUUGACAAACGGCCAGCAACUGCUGCGGGACUGUGCAGUCAAAGUUGUCGACGUCAACGACAAGCAAAUCCCAAGCUACGAUGACUUAAUUUCGAAGGGGAAACACAGCGUCAUUCGUCCCGAUCUCCUCGUUUGCCUGAAUCCCCUCGAGAACCCAGUUUGUCUACACGAAUGUGGGCUCAACACUGUACCGACCAUCGGCAUCAUCGAUACCGACGCGAACCCUGCGUGGGUGACCUAUCCGAUCCCGGCCAACGACGACAGCUUGAGAUCCGUCAGCUUGAUCGCCGGCGUCCUAUCUCAGGCGGCAAGGCAAGGUCAGGAGAAUAGGCUGGCAGAGGCAGAGGCAACUCAAAAAGCGACAUACAGUACGGGGCCCGUUCGGGACUGGCUCGCGAGGACGCAAGAGUUGGUUGAGAUCGACGUCAGUGAGAGCGUCGGUAGACAGGAGGAAGAUCAGUCCGGGACUAGGAAACAGCCAACGAGUGAUUGA